GGGAUUAAUAAUGUUUGGGAGCAUGAAGUUUCUUCUAAUUUCAAACAUUGUUACAUUAUUUCUUGCUUUAUUCCUUUUGUCGUUGGCCAAUGGAAUGGAGGAGAAGAAGGAUGUUUAUAUAGUUUAUAUGGGGGCUGCAGCACCAGCUUCUUCUCCAGAGACUCUCACUCAAACCCAUCUUCAGCUUCUUACCUCAGUGGUUAAAAGACAGGAGCACCAAAAAUUGAUCCAUAGCUAUAAACAUGGGUUCUCUGGUUUUGCUGCGAGGCUAUCGAAAGAAGAGGCAUUGGCCAUUAGUCAAAACCAAGAUGUGAUAUCAGUAUUUGUUGAUCCCGUUUAUCAACUUCACACUACUCGAUCAUGGGAUUUUUUGCAACUCCAAAGCUCCUUAAAGUCUGGCUCAACACUCAGAGCAAAUGAAACUGACAAUGGACUUUUUUCAAAAGUAGGUGAAGAUACAAUCAUUGGGCUUUUAGAUACAGGGAUUUGGCCAGAAUCACCAAGCUUUAGUGAUAAAGGGAUGAGACCACUUAAAAAGAGAUGGAAUGGGAAAUGUGAUAAGGCAAAUGACUUCAAUUCAUCCAAUUGUAACAUGAAGCUCAUCGGAGCAAGAUCAUACAAACCCGACGAUAACCCGAAUAGCCCGAGAGACUAUGACGGACACGGAACCCACACCUCCUCCAUCGCCGGCGGCGCAGCGGUUUCCGACGCCUCCUACUACGGCGUCGCCGCCGGCACGGCCAAGGGCGGCUCUCCUGCUUCUAGGAUCGCCGUCUACAAGGUUUGUGGCAAUUUUGGCUGCACGGGAUCCUCGAUCCUCGCCGCAUUUGAUGACGCCAUCGCCGACGGCGUUGAUGUGCUCUCGAUCUCGAUAGGCGGUUAUAUAUUUGACAAGCCCGACUUCAACAAGGAUCCGAUUGCUAUCGGAUCAUUCCAUGCGGUGGAGAAGAAUGUGAUCGUCGUCUGCUCCGCUGGGAAUGAUGGGCCUUCCACUGGGAGUGUCCUCAAUGAGGCUCCAUGGAUCAUUACCGUCGCAGCCACUACUAUUGAUCGGAAGUUCGACUCUGAUAUUCUUCUACUUGGCACUGGCAGUAACAACAAAGCUAUCAAGGGGCAAGCUAUAAAUUUCUCUAAUUUGGGCAAAUCUCCAACCCAUCCAUUGGUCUAUGGUCGAUCAGCAAAGUCUAAUUCAAACUCCAGCACUGAUCAAUCAGCUAGCCAUUGCGACAUGCAGUCAUUGGAUGAGAAAAAGAUCAAAGGAAAGAUAGUUGUUUGCAAGCACAAUGACGAGGACAUAAGAAGUGACGUACUGGUUGAGCUGUUAAAGGACUUAGGAGCGAUUGGAGUGAUACUGGUUAACUAUCAACAAAACUCUGUGGCUUCUACUUAUGUUGAUAUCCCAGUAACUGAGAUCCCUCUCCAAGCAGCAGAUGAGCUUUUCACUUACAUCAACUCCACCAAGAAACCAAUAGCAACCAUUUUGCCAACCAUAAGUGUGACUGAGUAUAAGCCUGCACCACAAAUUGCUUAUUUCUCUUCAAGAGGCCCUUCUUCACUAACAAAAAACAUCCUCAAGCCUGAUAUUGCAGCACCAGGAGUGAACAUUCUAGCAGGAUGGCCUCUAAGGAAUUCAUCAUCAGAUAUACCACCAGGGAAGAAGCCUUCGGGUUUCAACCUGCAAUCUGGGACUUCAAUGUCCUGCCCUCAUAUUGCCGGAGUCGCAGCCAACAUCAAGUCUUGGAACCCGAAAUGGAGCGCAUCUGCAGUCCGGUCAGCCAUCAUGACCACAGCUAUUUUGAUGAAUAAUAAUAAGAGACAAUUGACGACUGAUUUAGGCUCUACUGCAACACCAUAUGAUUUUGGAGCAGGAGAAGUUAAUCCAAUAGCUGCAUUACAGCCAGGUCUGGUUUAUGAUGCAGGGCCUGAAGAUUAUCUACUAUUUUUGUGUAACUAUGGUUACAAUACAUCUACCAUCAAGUCUAUCAGUAAUAGUGCCUUGGUUGGAUUUGAAUGCCCAAAGAACUCUAGUAAGGACUUGAUUUCCAGCCUCAAUUACCCAUCAAUAGCUAUCAGCAACCUACAUAGAAUAAAGAAAAAGAUAGUGAGUCGGACAUUGACCAAUGUGGGAGCUGAAGAGGAGAUCACAUAUGUUGUAAGUGUCCAAUCUCCAGUUGGAGUAGAUGUGAAGGUAGUUCCUGAGAAACUUCAGUUCACAAAGAAAAGUAAGAAAUUGAGCUACCAAGUGACUUUUUCGGUGAAGGACUCCUCCUUGACAAAUGAACUGUUUGGGUGGAUUACUUGGUCAGAUGGAAAGCACUUGGUUAGAAGUCCAUAUGUGAUUAGUAGCAAGUAAUAAAUGCUGCUAAGAAAAAUGCAUUAUUAAAGUGAAAUGCUAUUGAGAUCUAUGGUCUGUCUAGGUGAAUCAUGUGCAGUAUUUGAUGCAACAAUUUAACAGAAUUGAAAAUUGUCGAAUUGAACUUGCAGAAUUUUUCUGAAUAGAUAGUAGGAACUUAUGAGGAUUGAGAGAUUCAAUAAGUCUAAGGUAAGGUCUAAGUAGU